CUGUCGUUACUCAAAAAAAACGCCAUGACUGCCGAAGCCGCUGCUGUCGGCCAUCCUGCGGUCGAGGGGUUGGAUAAGAGCAAGCCCUCGACACUCUCUCUCUCUCUCUCGCCAAAACCCUAGUCCCUCAGUUUUCCCCUCCCUCGCAUCUCACACACAAUCCCGAGCUUGCCCGAGCGAAACCAUGGCCGCACCGUCGUCAACCUCGUGCGCCGGAGCCUCCCCGAGCUUCCCGGUGAUGAUCAGGAGCUUCACCAUCGUCUUUUUCUUCGCCUACGUGCGUCGAAUCGAGAAGGGCGGCCUCGUACGCUCGUCACCGCCGUCAUCUUCUCCGCCACGGUCGUCGACCCCGUCGUCGAUUCGCGCAUCUCCAGUUCAUCCCCGACCACCUCGAGCUCGCCUAAAGAACCACAGUUUUGGUGGGGAGGAAAUGAAAAUACGAGCAAAAUGCAUUGGAAGAAAUGGAAGGAUAUUGCUGCUCCCAAAUGUGUGGGUGGUAUGGGCUUUAAAGACCUUGAGUUGUUCAAUCAAGCAAUGCUUGCCAAACAGGGUUGGCGACUUCUCACACAACAGGAUUCACUCUGUGCCAGGGUGAUCAAAGGCAAGUAUUUUCAUGAUGUUGAUUUUAUGACGGCGACAAGGAAAAAGAAUGCCUCGCAUACAUGGAGGGCAAUUAUGUAUGGACGGGAAGCUCUAACUCAUGGCCUGAUCAAACGUAUUGGUGAUGGUAGCAAUACUAGAGUUUGGGAGGAUCCCUGGAUUCCUUCAAACUUGGGCUUUAAACCCCUUUUACGUCUUCAAAACUCGACCGUGAAUAUGGUCGAGGACUUGAUCGACCCAUACAAUGGAGACUGGAAUAGAGAGAUUUUACAGAAUAAUUUCCUUCCUAUUGAUGCGGCUGCUGUGCAAAUGAUUCCUUUGGGAAGGAUGGAAGAAGAUAACUGGGCAUGGCAUUUAGAGAGAAGUGGAAAUUUCAGUGUCCGGUCAGCUUACAGGGCAAUGCUUGGUGCUCGGCAGCAAACAAAUAAUCCAGCUAGCUCGGCAGGUGAUGAUAGAACAUUUUGGAAGAAGCUUUGGAAGAUGCCUGUACCCCCAAAGGUCCGUAAUUUUUGGUGGCGUGUGAUUAGGAAGUUUAUCCCAUGCCGAUCUAUUCUGAAGGAAAGACAUAUUGAACAAAUCAGUUUCUGCGAGGAUUGUGGAUGUGAAGAAACAAUCACUCAUUCUUUGUUCGAUUGUACAUGGGCUAAGCUGUUUUGGCAUCAAAUAAGGAACAUGUUGGGUGUCAAACUUCCUCGUUUGCAUCCGGACUCAUGGGCGAUGGAUAUGAUUGAUGGAGGUAUGGUCAGUGAUACAGAUGCCGCUGUCAUCUUAUGUGGAUGUUGGUCUGUAUGGUCAGAGCGCAAUGCAAAGAAGCACGGAGAUAAAGGGCGGUCGAUCCAAUGCUCGGUGAAAUGGACUGCUGAUGUGACUAUGGAUUUGAUAAUUUCAUCAAAAGAAGGAAAGAAAAUGCCUAUUAAGGCUGACGAUAAAUGGCGACCCCUGGAAAUUAAUUGCAUUAAGCUGAAUGUGGACGCAAGUUUUUUGGCUGAUUGUCUCCAAGGAAGUACAGGGGUAGGUGUGCGCGAUCAUGAAGGUAAACUCGUUCGUGCCCAGGCACUAUGGUAUGAACAUGCAGCCAAUUUUUUUGUUAUGGAGGCGUUGGCUAUUAGAGAUGGAGUCCGACUUGCAGGUAAUAUGGGUCUCCGCAACAUCAUCGUUGAAACUGAUGCUUUGGCUAUUACGAAGCUCUGGAAUACCAAUAAUUUUGGGCGUUCAGAAAUUGCUGUUGUGCUUCAGGAAACUAAAGAGCUUUCAGAGAGUUUUCAGUUUUUUGUUUUGUCUUAUGUUCCUAGAAAGGCUAAUGAGCUUGCACAUCUAUGUGCAAGGCAAGCUAAUCCUCAUAGAAAGCGUUGUGUCUGGAUAAAUUUUAUUCAUAGAUUUCUAGAGGCUUGUCUGUACAAGGACUGUAACUCUCUGUCUUGA